CGAUCCUCAUCUUCUCUCGAGCAUCACGCUCCUCUCUCACCAUGAAAUUCUUUAUCGAUGAUCUCCCCGUCCUUUUCCCGUAUCCUCGUAUCUAUCCCGAACAAUAUGCCUACAUGUGCGAUCUUAAAAAGACCCUCGAUGCCGGGGGUCAUUGUGUCCUGGAGAUGCCCUCCGGGACCGGAAAGACCGUAUCCCUUCUCUCGCUGAUUGUCGCCUACCAGCAACAUUAUCCGGAGCACCGAAAGCUCAUCUACUGUUCUCGAACCAUGUCCGAGAUCGAGAAGGCCUUGGCCGAACUGAAGGCGCUGAUGAAGUUCCGGGCUAAGGAACUUGGGCAUACCGAAGAUUUUCGUGCGCUGGGUCUGACAAGUCGAAAGAAUCUGUGUCUGCAUCCGUCUGUCAAGCGGGAAAAGAGUGGCGCGGUCGUCGAUGCAAGGUGCCGGAGCUUAACUGCAGGCUUCGUCAAGGAGAAGAAAGAGCGCGGUGAGGACGUUGAACUUUGCGUAUAUCAUGAGAACCUCGAUCUGCUCGAGCCGCACAAUCUUGUUCCCCCCGGUGUCUUCACACUCGAUGAUCUACUCAGAUACGGAGAAGAGCAUAAACAAUGUCCUUAUUUUUCAGCUCGACGCAUGAUGCCCUUUUGCAACGUCAUUAUCUACUCUUACCACUACCUACUGGACCCCAAAAUCGCCGAGAGGGUAUCGCGAGAGCUUUCUAAGGAUUGUAUCGUGGUUUUCGACGAGGCUCACAACAUCGACAACGUCUGUAUCGAAUCGCUAAGCAUUGACAUUACGGAGGACUCGUUACGGAAAGCGACGAGAGGCGCGAACAAUUUGGAACGCAAGAUCAAUGAGAUGAAGACUUCGGAUGCGGAAAAGCUCCAGAACGAAUACUCAAAACUCGUUGAAGGCCUACAAGCAGCUGAACAAGCUAGAGAGGAGGAUCAAUUCAUCUCAAACCCUGUCCUUCCGGAUGAUCUGCUCAAGGAAGCCGUACCGGGAAAUAUACGACGAGCGGAGCACUUCGUAUCCUUCCUUAAAAGAUUUAUCGAAUACCUCAAAACCCGAAUGAAAGUCAUGCAUACCAUAUCCGAAACGCCUCCUUCCUUCUUAACACACGUGAAGGAUCUGACCUAUAUCGAGCGGAAGCCCCUUCGCUUCUGCGCUGAACGACUAACCUCGCUUGUGCGAACCUUGGAGCUUAUCAACAUAGAAGACUACCAACCGCUCCAGGAGGUAGCAACAUUCGCGACCCUAGUCGCCACCUACGAAAAAGGAUUCCUCCUGAUCCUGGAGCCUUUCGAAUCAGAAGCAGCAACCGUUCCCAAUCCGGUAUUGCAUUUCACCUGCUUGGAUGCUGCUAUCGCCAUCAAGCCGGUAUUCGACCGAUUCAGCUCCGUCAUUAUUACUUCAGGAACGCUAUCCCCUCUUGAGAUGUACCCCAAGAUGCUUGGAUUCAACGCUGUAAUGCAGGAGUCCUACAGCAUGACACUUGCGCGUCGAUCCUUUUUACCCAUGGUCGUAACCCGCGGAUCCGAUCAGGCGCAGAUAUCCUCAUCCUUCCAAAUCCGCAACGAUCCCGGAGUCGUCCGAAACUAUGGCAACCUCGUCUUGGAAUUCUCCCGAAUCACCCCCGACGGCGUCGUCGUCUUCUUCCCCUCUUACUUGUACAUGGAAUCCAUCAUCAGCAUGUGGCAGGGCAUGGGCAUCCUCGACUCAAUCUGGAACUAUAAACUGAUCCUCGUCGAAACGCCUGACGCGCAAGAAUCCUCCCUCGCCCUAGAAACCUACCGAACAGCCUGUUGCAACGGUCGAGGCGCCCUCCUUCUCUGCGUCGCACGAGGCAAAGUCUCCGAAGGAAUCGAUUUCGACCACCACUACGGCCGCGCCGUCAUUAACAUCGGCGUUCCCUUCCAAUACACCGAGUCCCGCAUCCUGAAAGCGCGUCUCGAGUUCCUGCGCGAAAACUACCGCAUCCGCGAGAAUGACUUCCUCUCCUUCGACGCCAUGCGUCACGCUGCUCAAUGCUUGGGUCGCGUCUUACGCGGAAAGGACGACUACGGAGUCAUGGUGCUCGCUGAUCGUCGAUUUCAGAAGAAGCGCAACCAGCUCCCCAAAUGGAUCAAUCAGGCCAUGCUGGAAAGCGAAACCAACCUCAGUACUGAUAUGGCGGCGGCUACCGCCAAGAACUUCCUACGGACGAUGGCCCAGCCGUUCAAGGCUAGGGAUCAAGAAGGAAUCUCGACGUGGAGCUUGGCUGAUAUUGAAAGACACCGGGAGAAGCAGAAGUUAGAGGAGGAACGGGCUCAGCGAGAAGUACCACAAAAUCUUGCUUUUGGCGGUGCCGCGGCUGCUCCCCACAAUGGAGUGCGUAAUGGUGCAGGUGAUGCAGAUGAGUUCGAUGAUGACAUUGAUAAUGAAGAUUUGAUGAUGCUGGAUGCGCAGUGAAGCUGAACUUAUUAUUCGCUUUUUGGUGUCAAUACAUUCAUUCGAUCGGUUGCAUUUGUUUCUGUUGUUUUUUUCUAUUUCCAUCCCCUCAGCAGUCCUUGCACAACCUGCAUGCAUGAUACCACGGUUUCAAGUCUGGUGUUCAAUUGGGUCAUCACAAUGUACUAUAUACAAGGCGUGCUUCGAUCAACCAAAAAUUAUGAGAUAAU